UUUUUCUCCGCCGCCGCCGCUGCCGCCGCCGCCGGCGGCCCCGGGCCGGGAGCAGCGACGGCACCGCCAUGGGCAGAGGGGCUGGCCGGGAGUACUCGCCUGCAGCCACAACCUCGGAGAAUGGGGGCGGCAAGAGAAAGCAGAAGGAGAAGGAGCUGGACGAGCUGAAGAAGGAGGUGAACUUGGAUGACCACAAACUGUCCCUGGAUGAGCUGGGCAGGAAGUACCAGGUGGAUCUGUCCAGGGGCCUGACCAACGCGCGGGCGGCGGAGAUCCUGGUGCAGGAUGGUCCCAACGCCCUCACGCCACCGCCCACCACCCCCGAGUGGGUCAAGUUCUGCCGCCAGCUCUUCGGCGGCUUCUCCAUACUGCUCUGGAUCGGUGCCAUCCUCUGCUUCCUCGCCUAUGGCAUCCAGGCCGCCAUGGAGGACGAGCCGUCCAACGACAACCUCUAUCUGGGGGUGGUGCUGGCCGCCGUCGUCAUCGUCACCGGCUGCUUCUCCUACUACCAAGAGGCCAAAAGCUCCAAGAUCAUGGAUUCCUUCAAGAACAUGGUGCCACAGCAAGCACUGGUGAUCCGCGAGGGUGAGAAGAUCCAGAUCAACGCGGAGAACGUGGUGGUCGGGGACCUGGUGGAGGUGAAGGGGGGUGACCGGGUGCCCGCGGACAUGCGCAUCAUCUCCUCACAUGGCUGCAAGGUCGAUAACUCCUCGCUGACGGGUGAGUCAGAGCCGCAGACCCGCUCGCCCGAGUUCACCCACGAGAACCCGCUGGAGACCCGAAACAUCUGCUUCUUCUCCACCAACUGUGUGGAGGGCACAGCCCGGGGCAUCGUGAUCUCCACGGGGGACCGCACGGUGAUGGGGCGCAUCGCCUCGCUGGCCUCGGGGCUCGAGGUGGGCCGCACGCCCAUCGCCAUGGAGAUCGAGCACUUCAUCCGCCUCAUCACCGGCGUCGCCGUCUUCCUCGGCCUCUCCUUCUUCAUCCUCUCCCUCAUCCUCGGCUACACCUGGCUCGAGGCCGUCAUCUUCCUCAUCGGCAUCAUCGUGGCCAACGUCCCCGAGGGGCUGCUGGCCACCGUCACGGUGUGCCUGACGCUGACGGCCAAGCGCAUGGCGCGCAAGAACUGCCUGGUGAAGAACCUGGAGGCGGUGGAGACCCUAGGCUCCACCUCCACCAUCUGCUCCGACAAGACGGGCACCCUCACCCAGAACCGCAUGACCGUGGCCCACAUGUGGUUCGACAACCAGAUCCACGAGGCCGACACCACCGAGGACCAGUCGGGUGCCACCUUCGACAAGCGCUCGCCCACAUGGGCAGCCCUGGCGCGCAUUGCCGGGCUCUGCAACCGUGCCGUCUUCAAGCCGGGCCAGGAGAACAUCUCCAUUUCCAAGCGCGACACAGCAGGCGACGCGUCCGAGUCGGCGCUGCUGAAGUGCAUCCAGCUCUCGUGCGGCUCCGUCAAGAAGAUGCGGGACAAGAACCCCAAAGUCACCGAAAUCCCCUUCAACUCCACCAACAAGUACCAGCUCUCCAUCCACGAGCGGGAGGAUGACCCGCAGGGUUACCUGCUGGUGAUGAAGGGCGCCCCGGAGCGCAUCCUGGACCGCUGCUCCCGCAUCCUGGUGCAAGGCCAGGAGGUGCCGCUGGACGAGGAGAUGCGCGAAGCCUUCCAGAAUGCCUACCUGGAGCUGGGCGGGCUGGGCGAGCGCGUCCUGGGUUUCUGUCACCUCUACCUACCCCCGGACAAGUUCCCCAGAGGUUUCAGGUUCGAUGCCGACGAGAUCAACUUCCCCACCACCGACCUGUGCUUUGUGGGGCUCAUGUCCAUGAUCGACCCGCCCCGCGCCGCCGUGCCCGACGCCGUGGGCAAGUGCCGCAGCGCCGGCAUCAAGGUGAUCAUGGUGACUGGGGACCAUCCCAUCACGGCCAAGGCCAUUGCCAAGGGCGUGGGUAUCAUCUCGGAGGGCAACGAGACGGUGGAGGACAUCGCUGCCCGCCUCAACAUCCCUGUCAGCCAGGUCAACCCCCGGGAGGCCAAGGCCUGCGUGGUGCACGGCUCCGACCUCAAGGACAUGACGUCGGAGCAGCUCGACGAGAUCCUCAAGAACCACACGGAGAUCGUCUUCGCCCGCACCUCGCCCCAGCAGAAGCUCAUCAUCGUGGAGGGCUGCCAGCGCCAGGGUGCCAUCGUGGCAGUGACGGGCGACGGGGUGAACGACUCGCCGGCCCUGAAGAAGGCCGACAUCGGCAUAGCCAUGGGCAUCGCCGGCUCCGACGUCUCCAAGCAGGCGGCCGACAUGAUCCUGCUGGACGACAACUUUGCCUCCAUCGUCACCGGCGUGGAGGAAGGGCGCCUCAUUUUCGACAACCUGAAGAAGUCCAUCGCCUACACCCUCACCAGCAACAUCCCCGAGAUCACCCCCUUCCUCCUCUUCAUCAUCGCCAACAUCCCGCUGCCCCUGGGCACCGUCACCAUCCUCUGCAUCGACCUGGGCACCGACAUGGUCCCCGCCAUCUCCCUGGCCUACGAGGCGGCUGAGAGCGACAUCAUGAAGCGGCAGCCGAGGAACCCCAAGACGGACAAGCUGGUGAACGAG